AUGUAUGACGCUUCAAGAGAAGUGCUGGGACCAGGAGAAUGUGUGUCCACUUCAGCAGAAGUGCUUGGACGAGGAGAAUGUGUGUCCACUUCAGCAGAAGUGCUGAGAAGAGGAGAAUAUGUGACGGUUCAGCAGAAGUGCUGGGACCAGGAGAAUGUGUGUCCGCUUCAGCAGAAGUGCUGGGACCAGGAGAAUGACGACCAUGGUUGGGAGUGUGAUCUGGAAGGUGGUCGUUGGGAGUGCGAACAUUCUGAACAGCAGACAGACGGUGGAGAAACAGCAGACAGACGGUGGAAAAACAGCAGACAGACGGUGGAGAAACAGCAGACAGACGGUGGAGAAACAGCAGACAGACGGUGGAGAAACAGCAGACAGAAGGUGGAGAAACAGCAGACAGACGGUGGAGAAACAGCAGACAGACGGUGGAGAAACAGCAGACAGACGGUGGAGAAACAGCAGACAGACGGUGGAGAAACAGCAGACAGAAGUUGGAGAAACAGCAGACAGAAGGUGGAGAAACAGCAGACAGGCGGUGGAGAAAAAGCAGACAGACGGUGGAGAAACAGCAGACAGAAGGUGGAGAAACAGCAGACAGACGGUGGAGAAACAGCAGACAGACGGUGGAGAAACAGCAGACAGAAGGUGGAGAAACAGCAGACAGACGGUGGAGAAACAGCAGACAGACGGUGGAGAAACAGCAGACAGAAGGUGGAGAAACAGCAGACAGAAGGUGGAGAAACAGCAGACAGAAGGUGGAGAAACAGCAGACAGACGGUGGAGAAACAGCAGACAGACGGUGGAGAAACAGCAGACAGACGGUGGAGAAACAGCAGACAGACGGUGGAGAAACAGCAGACAGACGGUGGAGAAACAGCAGACAGAAGGUGGAGAAACAGCAGACAGACGGUGGAGAAACAGCAGACAGACGGUGGAGAAACAGCAGACAGACGGUGGAGAAACAGCAGACAGACGGUGGAGAAACUGCAGACAGACGGUGGAGAAACAGCAGACAGACGGUGGAGAAACAGCAGACAGACGGUGGAGAAACAGCAGACAGACGGUGGAGAAACAGCAGACAGAAGGUGGAGAAACAGCAGACAGACGGUGGAGAAACAGCAGACAGACGGUGGAGAAACAGCAGACAGACGGUGGAGAAACAGCAGACAGACGGUGGAGAAACAGCAGACAGACGGUGGAGAAACAGCAGACAGACGGUGGAGAAACAGCAGACAGACGGUGGAGAAACAGCAGACAGACGGUGGAGAAACAGCAGACAGACGGUGGAGAAACAGCAGACAGACGGUGGAGAAACAGCAGACAGAAGGUGGAGAAACAGCAGACAGAAGGUGGAGAAACAGCAGACAGACGGUGGAGAAACAGCAGACAGAAGGUGGAGAAACAGCAGACAGACGGUGGAGAAACAGCAGACAGAAGGUGGAGAAACAGCAGACAGACGGUGGAGAAACAGCAGACAGACGGUGGAGAAACAGCAGACAGAAGGUGGAGAAACAGCAGACAGACGGUGGAGAAACAGCAGACAGACGGUGGAGAAACAGCAGACAGACGGUGGAGAAACAGCAGACAGACGGUGGAGAAACAGCAGACAGACGGUGGAGAAACAGCAGACAGAAGGUGGAGAAACAGCAGACAGACGGUGGAGAAACAGCAGACAGACGGUGGAGAAACAGCAGACAGAAGGUGGAGAAACAGCAGACAGAAGGUGGAGAAACAGCAGACAGACGGUGGAGAAACAGCAGACAGACGGUGGAGAAACAGCAGACAGACGGUGGAGAAACAGCAGACAGACGGUGGAGAAACAGCAGACAGACGGUGGAGAAACAGCAGACAGACGGUGGAGAAACAGCAGACAGACGGUGGAGAAACAGCAGACAGACGGUGGAGAAACAGCAGACAGAAGGUGGAGAAACAGCAGACAGACGGUGGAGAAACAGCAGACAGACGGUGGAGAAACAGCAGACAGAAGGUGGAGAAACAGCAGACAGAAGGUGGAGAAACAGCAGAGUAAAGAACAAUCUGGAAGUGACAGGGUCAAACAAAUGGUCGUUGGCCAACAUGUGGCACUGUGCGGGUGUGGUAAGGACAACGAGUGGACACGUGGAGUCCGUGACUCUCAAAUACAUCGACAUCAGCGUGACCCUCUACAACAUCUACAUCUACGUCUGCGUGACCCUCUACUACAUCUGCAUCAGCAUGACUCUCCACCACAUCUACAUCAGUGUAACCACUCACUACAUCUUCAUCAGCGUGAUCCUCUACUACAUCCAAAUCUACAAGAGAGCAGAGAUAUCUAAUAUAGCAUGCAUGAAAAAUUAA